AUGAUUCAAACUGUGAAUGAUUUUAACGGACAAGAAUCAGAUAAUCCAAAACAAAGCACUGCUGAUAUGACUGAUUAUGUGCAAAGUCUUCUUCAGCAGAUGCAAUCCAAGUUCCAGGCAAUGUCUGACUCCAUUGUUUCGGAGAUCAACGAAAUGGGCAGCCGCAUAGGUGAGUUGGUGAAGAGCAUCAAUGAUCUCAAAGCUGAGAUGGGGACAGAGGGCUCUCCUUCCCCCAUGGUGCCAUCGAAAAGGUCUGAAGAUGGAUCAUCGUAAGAUUCCAUAUGCGGAGUACAAGCGAGAGAUGAAAUGGUGAGUCCGAUUAAUUGAAAAAUGAGCCAAAGAGCUUUUAGCUCAUUUGUCUCGCUUUGUCUCUCACUGUUUGAAAUUAUAUUUAUAUGGCAACUGAAACUGUUUAGCUUAUAUA